AUGAAGAGCACGAGUGCAGAGAAGGCUGGUCAAGCAAAAGACAUAGCUCAGGACAAGACUAGAUCGGCUAAGGAAAAGGCCGGUGAGAUGAAGGAGACGGCGAAAGACAAGGCUGGUGAGGCAAAGGAUAAGGCUGGCCAAGCGAAGGAGACAGCAAAGGGAAAGGCUGACCAAGCGAAGGAGACAACAAAGGACAAGGCUGGCGAGGCGAAAGUCACGGCGAAAGAAAAGGCCAGUCGGGCGAAGGAGACGGCUGGGCAAGCUAAGGAGACAGCAAAGGACAAGGCUGGCGAGGCAAAGGAGAUGACUAAGGAGAAGAGCGGCGAGGCGAAGGAGCAAUCGGAGGGCAUUGCUGCUAAAACCGCAGACAUGGCUAAGAAUAUGACCGAAAAGGUCAAAGAGCAGGUUGGAGCGGCAGUUGAUACUGUCAAAGGAAUGGGAACCAGAGCAGAGGCGAUGGCGACGAAACCGAAGGAGCCAACAACGACGCAAAAGGAGACCAACACAGAGAAGACGCUUGAAGCUGCCAAGCAAACGCGUGCUAAGAAGUCGGAGGCUGCGCAGACUUCAGCUGGCACGGCGCGCAAGGAGACCGAAGGCAAGCAGAACUCGCCAGUGAACAACAAGUGA